AUGGCGGACUCGGUGGAGACGUUCCAGACACACCUCACCUCUGUCAUGGACAGUUUGAUCCGAGCGUCGGUGUGCGAGAUCACCAAACUGUUCCAGGACACGGUGAACGACUAUCUGGUGGAAAUAUCUCUGAACAGGAAGGAAAUGGAGGCUCUGAAACUCCGACUCCGACUGACCGAGAACAAACUGAGAAAUGAACGCAAGUACGGGAUGGGGUUGGCAGAGAAUCGCCGCAAUGCUGGUUUGAUAGGGUCGGAGGACGGUGGGCGGAAAAAGCGAAAAAUUGAAGUGCUCCGUAAGUGUUCAUAUUUAGUAAGUACAUUUGUCUUGCCCUAUGUAUAAAACUGAUAUAAAAAAUCAUAUUCAUCAGAUUAUAAUUGUUGAAAUGAUAUGUAAUUGCAUAUCAAAUCAACACAAGUUGAUUACUUGUGUAACAUUAAGUUAAAAGCAUGUAAUGCUUGUGUGAAGAGGUACUUGUUAUGUUGGAAGCCAUCAGGGAGAAACUGAGCCUUCUCCCUCCGCUCCUUUCUACUCCUCCACUCUCCCUCCCCCACCUCCUCUUCAUGUUCUCUCUGUUCUUCACCUCCCACACUCCUCCCCCCUCUCUCUUUCUCCCUGCCCCCCUCUCUCUUUCUCCCUGCCCCCCUCUCUCUUUCUCCCUUCCCCCCUCUCUCCUCUCCCUGCCCCCUUCUCUCUUUCUCCCUGCCCCCUUCUCUCUUUCUCCCUGCCCCCCUCUCUCUUUCUCCCUGCCCCCCUCUCUCCUUCUCCCUGCCCCCCUCUCUCCUUCUCCCUGCCCCCUCUCUCCUUCUCCCUGCCCCCUCUCUCCUUCUCCCUGCCCCCCUCUCUGCUUCUCCCUGCCCCCCCUCUCUGCUUCUCCCUGCCCCCCUCUCUGCUUCUCCCUGCCCCCCUCUCUGCUUCUCCCUGCCCCCCCUCUCUGCUUCUCCCUGCCCCCCCUCUCUGCUUCUCCCUGCCCCCCCUCUCUGCUUCUCCCUGUCCCCCCCCUGCUUCUCCAUGCCCCCCCUCUCUGCUUCCCCAUGCCUCCCCUCACUCCUUCUCCAUGCCCCCCCUCCCUCCUUCUCCCUGCCCCUCUCUCUCCUACUCCCUGCCUCCUACUCCCUGCCCCAUCUCCUUCUACCUGCCCCCACCUCCUCUACUUCUCCCGCCCCUCCACUUCACCCCCACCCCCUCCUCUCUCCUGCUUCCGCUCCCUGCUCCGCCUCCUCUCCUUCAUCAUGCUUUCUCUCCCUCCUCCUCCCCUCCUUUAUGCUCUCUCCCACUCCAUGCUGUCACGGCUCCCCUCCCACCCCUUCCUCUCCUUCCCUCUCCUCUACUCCUCCGCUCUCCCUCCCCCACCUACUCCUCUUCAUCUUCUCUCUCUGUCCUUCACCUCCCCCACUCCUCUCCGCUCUCUUCUCUCUCCCUCCCUCUCUGCUCUUCUUCAUCAUGCCCUCUCCCCUCCCUCUCUCCCCCCUGCCACCACCACCUCUACUUCUCUCUCCGCUCUCCCUCCCUCUUCACUCCCACCCCUCCGCUCUCCUUCACACUCACUCCCUCCUCUUCCGCUCCCUACUCCGCCUCCUCUCCUUCAUCAUGUCCUCUCCCCCCGCCUCUCCUUUAUGCUUUCUCCUGCUCCCUGCCAUCCCCCCUCCUCUCCCUGCUUCCCUUCCUCCCUCCUUCAUUUCUAUCACUGCUCCCCUCUGUCUCUCGAACUCCUCUCGCCCUCCCUCCUCUCUCCUUCAUGCUCGCCCCCCCCUCCUCCUCCCCCCCCCCCCUCUCUUCCUCUCUCCCCCUACACAGGAGGAAAGCAGAAGCUGGGGCCUGCAUUUGGAGGCAUGUGGGAGGAAGGAGGAGCAGCAGCCGGGCAAGUAGCGGGGGGAGGCUGGAAGGAGGCACGCCAGAUGUACCUCAUCCAGUUCCCUGUGGAGGAGGAAGAAGGAGAACUAUUGGAGGAGGGCUGUAUCUCGGGAGAGGGGGAGGAGACGGACAUCAUCAAAGAGGAGGUGAGGGAGACGAGGAGUGCUAAGGAGUCUGAAUGUGGCACACACAGCUUCAGUGUGUCAGAGACUACUAGUUUAUAAAAAUAACUGUGUAUCAUCUGUGUGUAGUGAGACUGAGAAUGUUGUUAAACUUCUGUGUUCUGAGUCACUGAAACAGACACUGCAGCAGUGGUCUGGGAGAUGGUGGGGAUGGUGGAAAGCCACUGAUUUGAUAUUCAGGUGCAGAAGUAGCUCAAGCGCUUGUUCAGUAGGGCACUCAAUGUUAAGUUCGGAGCGUUGUAGACACUAGACAUUGAUAUAAUUUUAGGAGCGAACACAGUUUUGUAUUCUACGUGACUGAGAUCAUUCGGAUGCAUCUAUGCAAUGUACAGAUUACAUUUAUUGUAUCUCAAACUGUUGUAACUUUGCACGUUUACAGAAAAUGCCCUGUGUAAAACAGGACCCUUGUUCUUUGUGGCACUUGUGAAAGUGCACUUUGCAUGCACAGAAAUACUGGGUGUGCUAGUGCACUCUGCAUUGCAUUAUUGUGUAGUCUAUGGGGCUGUACUGGUGGGUAAUGUCAUUAUUUUUGCUCUGUCUGUAGUCCGAUGACAUGGUGGAGGGGGGCUACCAGCCUGCGUCUCUGCGGCUGAUCAAGGAAGCCCUGAAGAUGGACCUACCCAACCAGAACUGCCAUACUGGAUCCAGAACCCACAGCGAAGGUACUGACUCCAGCUCAAAGCUCAGAACCAAAAAUAUGAAGACAACAACUCCUGGAUAGUGAUAACCCCAAUGUGAACACAGUGACAUUUUCUUAAGUGUCUGCAGUUCAUUAUGUUUGCAUACACCGUCAUAGUACUGCUCCUCUAACAGACUCUCACUCUCCUUCUCUCUGCCCAGUAGGAGACAUGGAGCUCAGCCCUGUGGCCCUGAAGCGGCCCCCAGCCGUGAGCCCUGAAGAGGAGGAGGAGUGGGACGUGGGGUCCCCUCCAACUGAGGUGUCAGAGGGGGGGCUGAGCCGGGGGGACCUGAGUGGGCUGGAGACGGCCCUGAGGGCAGAGAGGGGGCGCGAGCAGGCAGCCCUGAGGAUCCCCCCCACAGCAGGCUCCAACCAUGGCUCCAUGACCCCUGACCCGGAAGUAGUGGCAGGCAGUGAGUUCAGCCUGGGCCAGAAGUACAUUGGUCUGGAUGGGCUGGAACAGGGGGAGCUGGGGAGUCCCACAGCCUCAGAGAGGGACUAUGGAGAUUCCCUGCAGGUUCAUGGUGCCCGUCUGAAGGAAGGACAGGAGGCACUGCCAGUGUGGACUGGAGGGGAGCUGCAGCCACGCUGGCCCAAGAGACUGAGGGACGGUGAGGGGAUGGGGGAGCAGGGAGGCUCAGACGAAGGCUUACAUCAACAUGCUCUCUCCCUGUCUGCUUCGGGUAGCGUGGAUGACAGUGGUGAGGAGGAGACGAUGGACCUGAUGCAUUUCUGCAUGCAGUGCGGCGGGGGCUUCGCCAACGAGGCUGAGCUGGAAGAGCACCCUUGCCCCCUGGGGGACGCCCACCUGCAGGAAGGAGGGACAGAGAACACCCUGUUCCCCUGUGCCUCGUGCGGCCACGCCUUCAGCCAUGCCUGGGCCCUAAAGAACCACGAGUGUGUGUGCGCGGCUGAACGGCCCCACCGCUGCGAGCUCUGUGGGAAGGGCUUCACACACUCUCGCUCGCUGGAGAGGCACCAGGUGGUUCACACUGGAGAAAGGCAGCACUGCUGCCAGCAGUGCGGAAGGAGCUUCAGUCGCCUAGGCAACCUGGAGAGGCACCAGCGGAUCCACACAGGCGAGCGUCCGUACGGGUGCGAGGCGUGCGGGAAGCGCUUCAGCAGGGUAGAGUACCUGAAAAGACACCAGCUGAUCCACAGUGGAGACAGAGACAAGGCCGGCAGCGCUCACCAGUGCUCCCAGUGUGGAAAGAGCUUCAGCGAACCAGAGCAGUUUAAAAAACACGAGUGCUUUUUAUAACCUUUGAUACGUUUGAUAAUUGAGAUUUACCAUGGUUUCUUUGGGAAGGGAAAGUUGAAAUUCCUGAUCACGGUAGAAGUUGCUUCCUAACCAGAUAAAGAUCAUAUUAAGAUCGACCUAAGAUCAUUUAACCCUAGCCUCAAUCCCAAAGUUGACCAUUAGAAAUUUGUAAAGCUCUGACCUUGUAUCAGUUGUUGCGGACAAAUUCUACAUACUCCAAAAAAGUGGAACAAAGAUGAUGGUGGUCAUCCAGGGAAAGGUUGA